UGGGUCCAGGAAAGAAGCAUGAAGUGGCUUGGGAUCCUCGGGCUGGUGGCCCUCUCAGAGUGCCUAGUCAUAAUCCCUCUAAUGAAGAUCAAGACCAUGCAAGAAACCCUCAGAGAAAAAAACCUGCUGACAAAUUUCCUGGAUGAGAACACUGAUGACAGGUCCCAGAAUGUCACUGAUGACCCAAAUAUUACACUUCUACCCAUGAAGAACUACCUGAAUCUGGCCUAUGCUGGUAAAAUCACCAUUGGAACACCCCCUCAGGAGUUGAGGGUUCUAUUUGAUACCAGCACAGCUGACAUGUGGGUGUCCUGCAUCCAGUGCUCCUGUUCCUCCUGCCGUAGACACAAUCACUUCAACCCUUACUUGUCCACCACCUCCCGGCUCACAGGCCACGCCUUCGAUGUCAAAUAUGGUGCUGGCAGGAUUGUUGGAUUUGUUGCCUCUGACACUGUACAGAUCAUGAACCUUGUUGACCUGGGCCAGGAAUUUGGGCUGAGCGUGAAAGAGACUGGGUUUGAUAAUUCAAUCGCUGAUGGCGUCCUGGGCCUGGCCUACCCCAGCCGUGCCUCCAAAGGGAUCACCCCUGUCUUUGACAGGCUGAAGACACGAGGCCUCAUUUCUCAGCCUGUCUUUGCCUUCUACUUGAGCACCCGGAAGGAGAAUGGCAGUGUGGUGAUGCUUGGUGGGGUGGACCACAGCUACCACAAAGGAGAGCUGAAGUGGAUACCAGUGUCCCGAGCCCACUUCUGGCAGAUAACCAUGACCAGCAUCAUCAUGAAUGGGAAGAUUGUUGGUUGUUACCUUGGAUGUGAGGCUAUUCUGGAUACCGGGACUCCAUUGCUGGUUGGCCCAACAAAACUGGUCACCGCCAUCCAUAAGCUUGUCAAUGCCACGCCUUCUGGUCAACAGUACCUGGUUCCAUGUGGCAACAUUAGAAAACUGCCUACAAUUAUCUUCACCAUCAAUCACAUUGACUAUCCAGUGCCUGCUCAAACCUACAUCUGGAAGAGUCCUGCUGGACCUUGUAUCAGCUUUCUACGAGGGGGCACAGAGACCUUGAAGCAGCCGGAGACGUGGGUCCUGGGUAAUGCCUUCCUGAGGCUGUAUUUCUCUGUUUAUGAUCGGGGAAACAAUAGGGUUGGCCUGGCUCCCGCAGUGUAA